GCUCAAGUUUCCGUCGCGCGUGCAACCCGUACGUCAAGAGCAAAAUUCAGAGCGUGUACUUUCGUGGCGGUUUUGCCCGUAAAUCGCAGCGCAACGGUGACAUUGACUCGCAGCUGUUUGCCUAUACUAUCGGUCCCAUCGGCGCACUGCUCCACACAAAUUUUUACGCGAAAUUUUACUGCGGAGAAGCAGUCAAACAGGCCAGAGAAGCCAACAAAUGAUGCUACCCUCUAUACGCACCGCAGCGCGCCGCGCUGCGCGCACCACCCAGCCCCUCGCGCGCUCAUACGCGCCGUCCAUCACCUACUCCGGCGGCCAGGCCUCCGAGGGCCAGGGCGGCUUCUACGGAAGCGGCGGCGCGCGCGUCGCCAAGGGCCCCGUCUCCUGGGACACGAAGGCCGUCGCGAGCUCGGAAGCGAUUAGUACCCUCACGGGCCUCAUGGAGGAGGCCUUCAAGCUCGAGGAAGUCAUCCGCACGGGUGACGCGCUCGACGAAAAAGUAAUCGAGGCGAAGGGAAAUCUCAAGAAGCUCAUGACCGGCGACGAGGUGACGGAGCUCCUCGAGGGCCUCGAGAUGGGCGGCGAGCCGGUCUGGGGCCUGUCGACGAAGGAGCGGCACCUCGUGCGCGAGGCCAAGGAGAAGAUCCACGCCGUCUAGGCAAGCUGUGCAUCCGGCGCGCGGGAGCGCGUUUCCCCCCCAAAUAUCUGUGUUACUAUAACAUUCUCAUUCUUA